AUGAUCCAGUUCCUAGAGGAGGAGCAUCAGGGAAAGUCCGUGGUAUCACGACCCGUCCGAAAAGCGCGAGUUCAGAUCAUCAUAAGGGCCCAAUCUGGCUUAAACGAGAUGGUCGAACUUGUCGUCGAUCUUGACCAAGGCGUGGUCUGUAAAAAGGAGCAUCUACCUGGGAAACAUCCAUACAUAGAUUCUGCUUACAUGCAAGCAGUGGAGAACGCCUGCAGAGCCGACCCAAGAAUCGAAGCUGAGAUUCAGAAACUUCAACUCCCAGAAGGGAGCACUGUUGUCAUCGAACCGUGGGCGUAUGCCACUGAUGGAAUGAGUGACAUGACUGAGCGCACAACAAUGUGCUGGUUCUACAUGCAUAAUUCGAAAAACCCAGAUGCGAACUACUAUGCGUAUCCCCUGGAUAUAUGUGCAGAGGUAUCGGAGCAACUACAGGUCACCAAAAUUUACUACCUGCCCUCAUCAGAUAACAACCUUGUUUCAGAAGACGUUCGACCAUUUGACCACGAGAAGAUCCACUCCACCGAUCUGAGUGAAUAUCACCCUAGUCUACGACCACCACCACGAACAUCUACGAAGCCGUAUCAAGUCAUUCAACCUCGAGGCCCAUCCUUCAAGACCGACGGGAAUUUCAUAACUUGGGAGAAGUGGACAAUGCGCGUAGGAUUCAACUACCGCGAGGGACUUACUCUCCACGAUAUUCGCUACGACAACCGUAACUUGUUCUACCGCAUGUCACUAUCAGAGAUGUUCGUUCCCUACGGCGAUCCCCGAUCUCCAUUCCCCCGAAAAGGCGCCUUUGACCUUGGGAAUGACGGCGCCGGAAUCAACGCAAAUAAUCUUCGGCUCGGCUGUGAUUGCCUGGGUGUAAUCAAAUACUUUGACGGCUGGCAUAACACGACGACCGGAGAGCCAGUAAAACUGCCCAAUGUGAUUUGUUGUCACGAGCAGGAUGAUGGAAUCCUUUGGAAGCAUACCAAUUUUCGCACGCAAAAUGCGGUUGUCACUCGCUCCCGGAUUCUCGUCCUACAAACAAUCAUUACUGUCAGCAACUACGAGUAUAUUUUUGCGUUCCACUUCGGUCAAGAUGCCUCUAUUCACUACGAGGUCCGAGCAACGGGGAUAUUAUCCACAUGUCCAGUUGACAUUGGCGAUAAGGUAGGCUACGGUACCGUCGUCGCACCCGGCGUUCUGGCACCUUACCACCAACACCUCUUCUCUCUAAGAAUCGACCCUUCCAUCGACGGACACAAGAACUCCCUGCAAGUCGAAGAGUCUCACCCACUUCCAAUUGAUAACCCUUCCAUCCACAACCCCUUCGGAGUAGGUUACACGACACGUUCCAAAAUAAUUUUCGAAGAAGGAGGCCUAGAUCUCGACGUGACCAAGAACCGAACGUUCAAGAUCAUCAAUGAAAAUGUUGUCAACCCGAUAACUGGCACGCCUGUCGGAUUCAAGCUACUUCCAUGUUAUAGUCAGAUGCUCCUUGCGCACCCGGAUUCCUACCAUGCCAAACGAUCAGAGUUUGGCAGUCAUGCAGUUUGGAUUACCCGAUAUAAGGAUGAUGAGCUUUUUGCUUCUGGAAAACACACUAUGCAGUCCCUUGGUGGAGAAGGAAUUGCGUCGGUUAUUCAGCAGCGGAGGGAAGAUGAUUCUAGUGAGACGAGCGUGCGGGAUGAGGAUAUAGUCAUCUGGCAUACUUUUGGAUCGACGCAUAAUCCGCGCAUUGAGGAUUGGCCCGUUAUGCCGUCGGAAAAGAUGGUUGUUGGACUGAAGCCUGUGAAUUUCUUCAUAGGGAAUCCGAGUUUGGAUGUUGCUGUUUCUACCCAGGAGGGUAACAGAAGUGCUUUGGUCUAG